UCAUUUUCAUAUUCCGGAUUUUGAUAUUAUUUAGGAACGUGAUUAUCUGUUCGUUUUUAUGAAACACGAAUUUAUAGUUCUUUUGUCUUACGAUGUAGAUGGUUUCUGCCGAGGAAGACGUUACAAUUGCAUAGAUUUCGUGCGUCGAUACCACACGGUGUAGCUCAUGCGAUUACAUAUACAUGUAUUAAAAGAAAGAAAAAAAAGAAAAGAGAGAAAAAACAGUUGCACAUGUAACAAAUGAGCAUAAUUGUCUGCAGUUGUCUGGCAACAUUGACUUUACAUUUAUUCUGUUUUUCUCGUUGCUGUUAAAAUCCACUUACUUUGGUUUUACCGGAGCAAGUUGAAGGUUCAAUGUACAGGUUAAGUUGUAGUGACUUACCAUCGCAUACAGAGAAACAAAAUGUUGAAAAUGCUAUCACUUCACGACUUUGAUGGUCCUGCUUUUGAUGAUGCAGCUGCUGUUGGUUUACUGAAUGAUGUCAUGCAUUAUUGUGACCAUGAUAAACUGCAAGAUGAGAGCCAACCUUUUUACAAAUACUUACGCAAUUACCCUGAAGUUCCUCUUAUACAAGAUAUUCCAGCCACCCGUGACUCAAUACGGACAGUUAGUGCUAAUGAACUGUUCUUACCUAUUCACGAUAGUGCUUUUAAGAAGAUUGUCAGUAUAUGGAGAGAGAAAGGCUUAUCUGAGGCUAUUUGCUUCGCUGCUGCUGCUGAUCCACACGAGAUCACAACUGUUGUACAUUGGAUAGCGACAAGGCUUAAAAAAGUUCUAGAUUUUAUGGAUAGAGGUAUAUAUCACAGAGAUCUUUUACCAACUUCAGGAGAUGGAUCUGUUGCUGAUAUUGUUGCUACAAGAGAUUGGAACACCUCUCUGGUAAGAUGUAUGUCCUGGCAUCCGUAUUGCUAUCGUCUAGCUGUGGCUACAAGGGAUGAUCGAAUCCGUAUUUUCUCACCGGUGUCAACUAACACUACCUGGAUGUCAUUGAUACAGCCUAUACCGAUAUUGAGACACAGUGAGCAGAAAUCAGUUUGCUGUUUGAAUUGGAGGCCAAAUAGUGGCCGUGAAUUAGCGGUUGCUUGCUAUUAUGGAGUAUUGGUUUGGACAAUAGAAUUGAGUGCAGCCAGUAAUUUACUCAGUCAUGCAAUACAUUUAAAACAAAGAAAUCAUGCACCUGUUACAAGUGUCACAUGGCAUCCACAAGGUGAUCUAUUGGCAUCCUGCUCACCAACAGACUUGAAUAUAAUAAUUUGGGAUAUUUGUAAGGAGGAGGGAGUUCCUCUGAGACGUGUCGGUGGAGGUGGCAUAUGUUUCACAUGUUGGUCAUCCUGUGGUUCACGAUUAUUCUCUGCUUCAUGUGGAAAUGUUUUCAGAGUUUGGAAUACUGGUGUCCCAACUCCGUGGCAUACAGAUAAGUGGAUCGUACCCAACGGUCGUGUGGCUGUCGCAUGUUUUGGCCCGAACUUAACGUUACUCUUUGCUACCACCGAAGAUCCUGCUACGAUAUUUUCGUUACCAUUGCAGGACAAUAUAUUCGACGAUAAAAAAACAAACAACAACGAUGUAAAGAUAGCUAUGCGUCUGAUCGAUUUAACAAAAGUGAAUUUCUCAUCGGAUGAUAACGACGAUUAUGUCACAGUAGGAGGUAGGAUAAUUUCUAUGGAAUGGAACUUGACGGGACGGUAUCUUGCUAUAAUUUUCCAGGACAGCCCAGUGAUCACUCUGUUUAAAACGACUGUAAGUAAAAUAUCACGAGUAGUGGAAGUUCAGCCAAGCUGCCUCAUCAAGGGAUUUCCUGGGGAAGUACCAAAUUGCAUGAAUUUUUAUCAGAGAGAUACCUCGUAUAUUUGUCUGACAAUAGCUUGGAGCAGCGGACGCAUACAACAUUUCCCGAUUGUUGAGGACCAUGACAAACUUUAUUCUGUUACAUCAAUCUACGGGAACAAACGAAUUGUAUAACUUUGACAUGUCGGUGGCGGUUAUGAGCUACGUGAUAUAUUAGGUUAGUGUUUUUUAACGGAAUGAUGUAGUAACAAGUGUUAAAUAACAAGUACGCUUUCAUUUCUGUCAGCGAAGAAAUGACGGGAAUGAAAAUCAACUCACGAGAAAACUGUUAUUAGCAGGCAACCAUUAGCCACAAGCGGUUAUCUUUCGCUUAUAAAACUUGCGUAGACAUGCAUAUGCGGAGGCAAAGCUUAUAUGAUUCUCGUUCGGGAGUAGUUUAUAUCCAUAACUGUCUUCGGGAGAAAGAGAGGAAAAAAAAGAAACGAAUGGGUGGUCCGCCGUUAGACACUCCAAUGGACUGUGUAACGUACCGAACAUAGAGUGCAAUACGGACUCUCUCCUCGAGUUCGGUACCUAAUUAUACGAAGUCACAUGCAGAGCGUGCGUCUGUCUAUUUUUACGUCGCUUGACCGAAUGCUAAACGCUCGUCGGCAUGUAUCUUCGUACGUACGCGGGCCCACGCUAUUUUCAAUACGCCCUAUACGUCGCCCGUUUCAUCAUACAACGACUUUGUGUAUGCAUACGGUUACGGUCAAGCGAUGUAUCACGAGAUAUUUACGAAGUUGGGUGUCAACUGCACAGUAAAGAUAUUUAUCGAAACAAAAUUUUUUCUUUUUUUUUUAUCAUCACCUUUUUAUGCGAAAACUGACUUGGACAUUUUCCGUGUGAAUAUGCGUUAUUUGUGUGCAUAAAGUUAUAUUUAAAAGUAUACGUUUGUAUGUUAUAUUAUAUUUAUAUAAGUAUGUUUUUUUAUUUAUUUGGUAAACUUUUUAAUUGUCUGACUCAGGUCCAGAUUUGUGCCGCGCCCGUGCCGAAUUUGGAAUUUGUUUCCGACGUUUCGUUCACGAAACAAAUCCAAAAUGGAUGCGAUACGCACA